CUCAAAUGGAAAUGUGAAUAGAUUAGAGGGUGAUGCAUUCUUUAUCAUUGAAUAUUUCAUUUUUUUGUCUGAUGAUUGCAAUAAUGCGAUUGUCUGUAGAAUUAAGAUCAACGAAAGAAAUACAAGCAACAGCUAAGCCUUCGAAUGUCGUAUCUUGUUUGCCUGGACGCAUUGGAGAGAAUUGCAGCAUCCCGUGUCGUUACCCUAGCUAUGGUAGUAAAUGUCAGAAGGAAUGCAUUUGUGGGGAGUCCCAAUGCAGCCCUGUAACUGGUUGUAUGGAGAGUUCGGUGACUUUAUUCACAAUUCCAGUGUCGUCUCGAGUUAUCGUGACAUCACCUUUCCGUACAUCGAAAAGCUGCCCAAUCGGCUACAUGGGAAAUGACUGUAAACAACAAUGUAGAUUCCCAAAUUAUGGCAAGGAAUGUCAGUCGUUCUGUAAAUGUACUUCCGACUUUUGUGAUCACAUAGAUGGAUGUAACAUUUCUGAAAUCGAAAACAAUAGCAAAUUUGAGUGUGAUAAACCCUGUUUGUUUGAGGACCAUGGAAUUUACUGCCAUCUAAACUGUACAUGUUCCCAACAUAUGUGGAACAACUUGACUGGAUGCACAAUCUCUAAUUUUGAAGAUAGGGGGCUUUUAUCAACGAUCAACUUUUAUAAUUUGAGAACGGCUGUUAUCAUUCUCGGAGUCAUCGCUAUUGUUUUCUCAUUAACAUAUGCCUGCACGUAUUUGAGGACCUGCGAUGGACAACAUGAUAGUCAAUCUCCCCUGGUGAAUCUUGUAAUCAAUAGAGAUCCAAUAUAUGCAAACAUUAUUGUAUAAGCCCUGGUACUAUAUCCAUAU